ACAGUGAGGCAGUGUCUCCUCGAGAUACCAUGGAAAAAUAUCAGUCUCUCUCUUCCUUGAGGGUAGCUAUUGCAAAUCUUGAAUCCUGGGGCCUUAGGGAUGAACCUGGUGGUGGAAGAACUGGAAACUGAAACCAAGUUCUUGAUAAAGCAGGUGGAGUGUAUUGAUGAGCACCAUGCCAACAAGGCCCUGGAGGAGCUGAUGCCCCUGCUGAAGCUCCAGCACCCCAAUAUCUCUCUGUACCAUGAAAUGUUCAUCACGUGGAACAAUGAGAUCUCCUCUCUGUUCCUCUGCCUGACAAUGGAUUAUUACAGCCAAGGAACCUUCCAGAAUAUCUUGGAGAAUAAGAGGAAAUUAAAAGCAGUUGUUGACACUGAGUGGAUGCAUACCAUGCUAAGCCAGGUGUUGGAUGCCAUCGAGUACCUACAUAAUUUGAACAUCAUUCACAGGAACCUCAAGCCUUCCAACAUCGUCCUUGUCAACAGUGGCUACUGUAAACUGCAGGAUUUGAGCUCCCAGGCACUGAUGACCCACGAAGCCAAGUGGAAUGUCCGAGCAGAAGAAGACCCCUGCCAGAAGUCCUGGAUGGCUCCUGAAGCCCUCAAAUUCUCCUUCUCCAGCAAAUCCGACAUCUGGUCCCUGGGAUGCAUCAUUCUAGACAUGGCCACCUGCUCCUUCCUGACUGACACAGAAGCCAUGCAGCUGCGGAAGGCCCUCCGCCAUCAUCCAGGCAGCCUGAAGCCCAUCUUGAAAACCAUGGAGGAGAAGCAAGUCCCUGGCACAGAUGUCUACUAUUUGCUUCUGCCCUUCAUGCUGCAUACCAACCCCUCUGACCGACUGACGAUCAAGGAUGUGAUCAAAGUCACCUUCAUGAGCAACUCCUUCAAAAGCUCCUCUGUUGCGUUGAAUAUGCAGCGGCAGAAGGUCCCCAUCUUCAUCACUGAUGUGCUGCUUGAAGGCAACAUGGCCAACAUCUUAGAUGUCAUGCAGAAUUUCUCCAGUCGACCAGAGGUCCAGCUCAGAGCCAUUAACAAGAUGCUGACAAUGCCAGAGGACCAGCUAGGCCUGCCAUGGCCCACAGAGCUGGUGGAGGAGGUGAUCAACAUCAUAAAGCAGCAUGAGAGGGUCCUGGAUAUUCUGCUCAGCACCUGCUCCCUUCUGCUUCGUGUUCUUGGCCAAGCACUGGCACACGACCCAGAAGCUGAGAUUCCAGGGAGCAGUCUGAUCAUCUCCUUCCUGAUGGAUGCCUUGCGGAGCCACCCUAACUCUGAAAGGCUUAUUAAUGUGAUCUACAACGUGCUCACCAUUAUCUCUAGCCAAGGACAGAUCUCAGAAGAGCUGGAGGAGGAGGGGUUGUUUCAGCUUGCCCAAGAGCACCUGGAGCACUUCCAAGAGGACAGGGACAUCUGCCUCGCUAUCCUGAGCCUGCUCUGGUCCCUCCUGGUAGAUGUUGUCACUGUGAACAAAGAGCCCUUGGAGCAGCUCUCAGGCAUGGUCACCUGGGUGCUGGCUACUCAUCCGGAGGACGUGGAAGUAGCAGAGGCUGGCUGUGCGGUGCUCUGGCUGCUGUCCUUGUUGGGCUGCAUAAAGGAGACUCAGUUUGAGCAGGUGGUAGUGCUGCUCCUGAGAAGCAUCCAGCUGUGCCCUGGCAGAGUACUGCUGGUGAACAAUGCAUUCCGUGGCUUGGCCAGCCUCGCGAAGGUGUCCGAACUGGUGGCCUUCCGAAUAGUAGUACUGGAAGAGGGCAGCAGCGGCCUCCGCCUCAUCCAAGAUAUCUACAAGCUCUACAAGGAUGACCCUGAGGUGGUGGAGAACCUCUGCAUGCUGUUGGCCCAUCUGACCUCCUACAAGGAGAUCCUGCCAGAGAUGGAGUCUGGAGGCAUCAAAGACCUAGUCCAGGUCAUCCGGGGGCGCUUUACCUCCAGCCUGGAGCUGAUUUCUUAUGCUGAUGAGAUACUUCAGGUACUGGAAGCAAAUGCACAGGAUGGCCUCCAGGAGGAUCAGCUUGAAUCUCCUGCAGGGCUGGAAGCCCCACUGCAGGGAGAUCCCCUCUUCAGGCCCUGAAGUGCCACCCUUCUGGUCCUGUGGUAAGGGACAGUAUCACUAGGUCCAGUAUCAAUUUUGUACUCCAUGGUGACUAAUAAAGAAGCCCUAGGCUGUUUCUGGCA